AUGUCGGGAGCAGAGCCCUGGGAGAUCCGCUUCUCCAACUCGCGCAAGCGCCCCUACUUCUACAACUCGGCCACCCAAGAGUCGCGCUGGGAGGUGCCCGACACCCUCGCCAACUCGGACCUCUCGUCCCUCCCCGGCGCAGAGUUCCUCAGCUACGCGCAGCAGCCCGCCCAGGCCGGGUCAUCCUCGGCCGGCGGCAACGGCGGCGGCAACAACAAGGUCCGCGCGUCGCACCUCCUCGUCAAGCACAGCGGCAGCCGCAGGCCCAGCUCGUGGCGCGACGACAACAUCACCCGCACAAAGGAGGACGCCAUCGACCGCCUCAAGGCCUUCGAGCAGCAGCUCAAGGACUCGCCCGACCUCGCUGCCACGUUCGCCGAGAUCGCGAGCAAGGAGAGCGACUGCUCGUCGGCGCGCGACGGCGGCGACCUCGGCUACUUUGGGCGCAACCAGAUGCAGAAGCCGUUCGAGGAGGCGUCGUUCGCGCUCGAGGUCGGCCAGCUCAGCGACAUCGUCUCGACCGACUCGGGCGUCCACCUCAUCCUGCGCACCGCCUAA